GCCGCGCUCAUCAUGCUGCGCGGGCCGCGGACCCUGGCUCAGGCCACUGCGCAGCCCACACAAGGGGUGUCAGCUUUGAGCCCCACGCAGUUGUGGCCUCCGGGUCUCAGCAGCCCCCAGCUCUGCCCGACCACCACCACCACCUACUACACCUCGCUUUACCCGCAGACCGUACUUCCCGGUGCGGCGUUGGGCACCUGCCUGGACGCCACUCCCCACGGACCCGAGGGCCAAGUUGUGCGAUGCGUACCCGCGGGCCGGCUGCCGGCUAAAAGGAAGCUGGACCUGGAGGGCAUCGGGAGGCCUGUGGUCCCUGAGUUCCGGACUCCCAAGGGGAAGUGCAUCCUCGAUGGCCUGCCCAGUCCCAAAACCCCCAAGUCGCCUGGGGAGAAGACCCGGUAUGACACGUCACUGGGGUUGCUCACCAAGAAGUUCAUUUACCUCCUGAGCGAGUCGGAGGAUGGAGUCCUGGACCUGAACUGGGCGGCCGAGGUGCUGGACGUGCAGAAGCGGCGUAUCUACGACAUCACCAACGUCUUGGAGGGCAUCCAGCUCAUCCGCAAGAAGUCCAAGAACAACAUCCAGUGGGUCGGCAGGGGGAUAUUUGAAGAGCCCAGCCGGGCUACGAAGCAGCAGCAGCUGGAGCGGGAGCUGAAGGAGCUGACCAGCACGGAGCAGGCCUUGGACCAGCUUCUCCAGAGCUGUACAGCAAGCUUCAAGCACCUGACAGAGGAUAAAGGCAACAAGAAACUAGCCUAUGUGACCUACCAAGACAUCCGUGCUGUGGGCAACUUUAAGGAGCAGACGGUGAUCGUGGUCAAGGCCCCUCCACAGACAAGACUGGAAGUGCCUGAUGGGGCUGAGGAGAACCUGCAGAUAUAUCUGAAGAGCACCCAAGGGCCCAUCGAAGUCUACCUGUGCCCUGAGGAGGUGCAGGAACCAGAUAGUCCUGCUAAGGAGCCCCUCCCCUCCACCUCUACCCUCACUACUGACUGUGUCCAGCCCAGUAGCAGCGCCGACUCUGAGGUCACGGAGACCAUGGCCUCUUCAGCACCUGCACCAGACCUGCCUCCACCAGCGCCACCCCUUGUCCCCUUGGAAGCCACUGACAACAUGCUGGAGCUAUCACACCCACUUCUGCAGCAGACCGAAGACCAGUUCCUGUCGCCGAGUCUGGCCUGCAGCUCUCCUCUGAUCAGCUUCACCCCACCCUUGGACCAGGACGAUUACCUGUGGGGCAUGGAUGAGGGCGAGGGCAUCAGUGACCUCUUCGACUCCUACGACCUCGGAGACCUGUUGAUUAAUUGAGUGGCCCAGCCUGCCCAGCAGCUCUGCCCCUCUCUCUCUCUACCUCCUCUUGUAGACUGACAAUGGCCCUCUGCCUGGGUGGAGUCAGGGAACACGAGAUGCCACCUUCACUAGGAGGGGAGCGCCUUUUCUUCCCAGCCUUCCUGCUGGUGGGAAGCCAGCUGGGGAGAUGAGGAAGAAGUGGGUGAGGAGCCUACCAGGGGCCGGGUCCUGUUCUCCCUCCUUACCUGAGGACCACAGGUGCAGGUGACCAAGUACAGGGAAAGGCCCUGCCCCCUCCUUCUGAGGGGUUAGUAAGUUGGUCCCUUGAUUUUUCAAGAAGCACUUAAUGCCUUUGUAUUUAUUGCAGGUUGAGUUUUGUGUGCCCUCCCUGAAUUUUAGCAGGGAGGCUGUUCUAGUUUCUAGCAAGAUCUCCUCAGACAGGCCUGUCCCUGCCCCGCUGUCUAAGGGCAGACCUGGCUUUCAGGGGUCCAGGCCAACCUCCUGGAUUCCUCACAGCAGUGGGCUGGGGUCUCCCGGGGUGCCAUCUACUUUGCUGGAAUAAUGCUGAUUGCACUCAGGCCUCUUCGUUCUAGUAACUGCCAGGCCCUUUGACCUCUCAGCCUGACCUCUGCAGCUCAGGCAGCGGCCUGGGUUCCCAGUCUCCUCCAUCUUAGAGAAGGUUCUGGUAGCUAUACUGGGGGGGAGCUAGCAUUGAGGUUCCCCUGAAAACUGGAGCAGCUAGUAUUCAAGGAAGUCCUCUUCCUGUGGGAUGACUUAUCUCUCUGUCACCUCAGAACGUAAAAGCGACCCUCCAGCAAUCGGCUCCUGAGGGAAACAGGAAUGUAGAGGCAGCCAUCAUGGCUGCGGGGGCGCCUUUCCUUCUCCGUGCUUCCGCCAGGUCCUGCUCAGAGACCAGGGAGGUGGAGGCAGGGGUAAGAGCGACAUGAACACAGGAAGCACUCUUAAGAGUGGCUCUUGCUUUUGUGCUAAGAGUUUUUCCUUUCUUUCUUUGCUACGGUUGUUAGAGGGGAUGUUUAAGGAGCUCCUCUCCAAGCUCUCACACAGGCCCCCAAGGUGAGAGGUGAUGGGCUUGGUGACAUGUUGGCUCUUUCACACUGGAAUGCUGAGGUGACAGGGGGAAGAGUCAUUGCUGCAGACCAGCUCCCGCAGUUGGUGAGGAGAUGGGCUUUGGUGUCACCUCUUGGGGUGUGGGGCUCUGGGAAAGGCCUUCAGCUGACCAUCCAGAGUCCUAUGGUCCAGGUGAGGGCCGUAUAGGCAGCUUUUCUCUCCAGCCCCUCCUGGGACAGGGAGUGCUCUGGGCACUCCUUCUGGAGAGGGGCACCCAAGGGUGGGGGGUCUGAGAGGCCUUCCACCCACCCUCAGGGAGCUAGGGUUCCUCCGGGGCUCAGCAGGGCAGCACUUUUAUAAAAAAAUAAUUGUAGCAUUAAGUUGAUUUAAAAUAUGAAAUUGAACCUGGCAUGGUGGUGCACGCCUUUAAUUCCAGCACUGGGGAGGCAGAGG